UAGAUCGCUCCUCCGGAUGAAUGACGUCAUUGGCUUCGUAAACCGUUCAAAUUUCAUUUGCAGACGACGGAAGACGGUGGUGACCUUUGCUUGUGUCGGGCUUGGUGUCGUCCAAGGCCAGUGUUGGUGUCGUCUGUGUGUUGCGCUUGCUUGGUGUUGCGCGUGGAAAUUGUGGUGCUAGUGCGGUUGGCAUCUAUAUGCGCUAAUCCUAGGUGUUUUCUGAAUCGUUAAGUCAAAAGAAGAUAAGCGAUAAUAGGGUGCUAAACUGCUCUCGUCAUGAAUGAAAAGAAGAGAAAGCAAAAACAGUAUUAUGUCAACCAAGCAAAACGUGCCAGAUUUGAGAAAAGAAAGCUUCACCCAGGUCUGAGGGGCUUUCUCUGCACAACAAAUAAUAAGGAAAGAGAGUGUGUCCGUGAAGCCUAUAACAUCCUUAACGAGUAUGCAAAUCAAAUGUAUGGUGCAGAAGACAGUGUUCAAGAGGAGGUAGCAGCAGCUGGGGGCACAUCACAGGAUGUGGAGCAGAGUCUGGAGGCAGAGCUGGCAGCUCUGAAGGAGCAGAAGGUUUCCAAGGAGCGGAGAUUCCAGCAGGUGGAGAGCGGCGCCAAAAACUGCAUCUUUAUAAGCACUCAGCUGGAGCAGACAGCACCGCUGGUGGAGCGGAUAGCACGCGAGAUUCGCGACACGGGCACCCAGCGGACCCGCUACUUGCUCCGACUCAUCCCUGUCCAGGUCACGUGCAAGGCGACGGAGGAGGACAUCCGGGCGUCGGCCGAGUCAAUGAUCAAAGAGGCAUUCACUGAGAUCGGCGUCAGCUAUACGACCGUCUUCAGGUCGCGGAACCAGGCACAGCUGUCUCAAACGGACGCCCAGUCGGCCAUCAACAGUCUGAUCGAUGCUGUGUGUCCGACCGCCCGGCUCGACCACAAGACGCCCACGCUUACCGUGCUCAUGGAGGUGAUCAGGAACGUCAUCUGCCUGGGUGUCGUGCGGGACUACUUCGCGAUGAAGAAAUACAACCUGGUGGAGCUAGCCAAGGCGGCUGGGGAGGAGGGCGAAGGAGGGACGGGAGAGGGUGAGGCGAACGCAGAGGCGAAGGGAGAGGAAGGCUGUGAUGAGACGGACGGGAAGAAGGAGAGUGAGGUAUGUGAUACGAGUGAUGGCGCGGGAGGGACGAAAGGCGCGGGAGAUGGUGGCGAAAGUGGCGAAGGAGCGACGACCGAGGCCAAAAGUGACGCAGAAGCGGCGACCAAGGACGAGGACGGCGCAGGGGCGGUGGGUGGCGAUAGCGCUGCUGCGGGGGCGACAGCGGGGUCGCCAAAGGCGUCUUCCGACCCUGUGGAAGGGGACAAUGGGCAGUCAUCGGCAGCGGAGGCCGAAAGCGCGCAGGAGCCGACAAAGCGAACGGCGACGGAGGAGCCUCGCGCGGCUGACGCGCCCUGAGUCUCGGGAUCUCGCCGUGGUGAGAAGUGGCGUCAUCCGAAGGCAGUCUUCACAUUAGCGUAGACGGCGCCUGCUGAAGAAUUCAUCGUUAAAUGUUAUGCAGAUGAAGGCUGUCGAGGGACUCAGCACAAUAGAGGCUUGCCCACAGAGUUAAAGCCCUCUCAUGCUCGUCUGCCGGCCCAGAUUGUUUGCUGACGAGUCCUGCUGGUUGUGUGGUGAAAUGUUGGAAUAAUCGCCACGCGCCUGUGGAUGGGAGUGCCGGCGUGUUUUAACCCGGACGUUGUCGGCCCCCGAUAACCUGCUUUCUGGUAAUUGAAAUACAGUGACAUUGCUGGUUUUGUUGUCCACAAUACACCCGGGAAUUGUGACGUUUC